AUGACUCAAAGAACUUCACCCACAACUUUGACAACACCAGCAUGGAAUUCGGCUGAACAAACUGACAUACCAAACUUAACAAAACAAUCACCUCAAUCAUGGUCAUCUGCUUCAUCUCAUCAUUCUAAUUUACAACAACAUUCUUUAAUUCAUCAUCAUCAACAUUCCGAAAAAUCUCCUCCUCUCUCUUCUUCUUCUUCUCCUGCUUCGCCUUCUCCCUCUUCUUCUUCUGUUUCUUCUUCUCGUGCUUCUAUCAAUUCUCAACAUCAAGUUGAAAAAUUCCUUAAGAACCUUGGGCUUUCGGAAUAUAUUCAUAUAUUUUUGGCAGAAGGUUUUGACACAAUGAUUUCAAUCGAAGCCAUCACUGAGGAUGAUAUGGAGCACAUGUCAAUGAAACGUGGUCAUAGACGUGUUCUACAAAGAGCUUUGUCGGCAAGAGGUACUAAGAUUGAUCAAACUCUUCCAUCUCAGCCGCUCUUCUCAGUACAUCCUAGUCAUCUUAAUCAAUCAUCUCAUACUCCUUCUGAGAGGGAAAGCGAAUCAGGAUCAGUGACGCUCAACUCUAACACUUCUGCUCCCAUCAAUUCACUGGUUGAAUUUCCAAGUCAUCAAUUCUCAGUACAUCAACAACAAACUCUUUUAAGACCAAGAAGUGUUUCAUCUGAAUCUACUCAAACCAAAAACUUAGAUCAAGAGAAUUGGACGGAUUCUAUUGGAUCUCAUUCUCGACCAUUCCCUAAAACUUUGAUCGUCUCUACUCCUAAUUUUCAAAAUUCAAAUCCUAAACGUAAAUAUCAAAGACAUCCUAAACCUGACCUUAAUGCACCUGAAAAACCAUUGUCUGCAUAUGUGAUGUUUAGUAAUCAAGUAAGAGAAGAAUUAAAAGGUCAACAAAUCUCUUUCACUGAAAUUGCUCGACUUGUUGGUGAUCGAUGGAAAAAUUUAUGUCCUCGAUUAAAAGAUUCGAUCAUUAAUCGAGCAGCUGAAGCUAAAAACGUUUGGUCACUUCAAAUGGAUCAAUACAAAAAAACACCAGAGUACGUGAAUUAUCAAGUAUAUGUAAAAGAGUUUAAAGCGAAUAAUGGGAAAUCAAAGUCAUCAAAUCGACCCAGUUCAUCAGGAAAUCAACCAACUAAUUCUUCCAACCCGAAACCCAAAAUUAACUCAUUACCAUCAUCUUUUCAUAAACCAGAAGAAAUAAACAAAAGUGAAGAAGAAGAAGAGGAAGAGGAAGAGGAAUUAGAAGGGGAAGGGGAAGAAUCUUCUUCGGAAUCAGAAGUAGAACAACAACCUAACUCAUCAUCCAAACGAAUAAAAUUGUCAAGUAUUGAAACUCAUUUACCAUUCUUAAACAUCUUAAAACCUUUGAAUACUCAUCAUCAUCAUCAAUCUCAACCUAACUCUUCUACUUCUACUACUGAUCCUAUGAAUUUUCCAAGAAGAUCUUCAACUAACAAUACAUUCUUUGAGAAUAAUUCUUCUAGAGGGAUGAGAUUACCUGUAGAUCUUAGACACUUAACUUCUUUAGCUUCUUCUUCUUCUGCUUCUUCUAAAGAUUCAAAAGUUUAG